UGCGCCCGCCGGGUGCGGGGCGGGGUUCCGGCCGCAGCGGCCCCCGCCCAGCGCCCGGGUCAGGGAGAGCCUGGAAGCCGGAAGCAGCGAGAGCCAGCAGCGCCCAAUCGCCCAGCGCGGGGAGCCGGCCGGAUCCUCUGGCAGGAUGAUGAUGGGAAUCUUUGCCAAUUGUGUCUUCUGUUUGAAAGUGAAGUACUUACCUCGGCGGCAGAAGAAAAAGCUACAAGCUGACAUUAAGGAAAACGGCGGAAAGUUUUCCUUUUCCUUCAGUCCUCAGUGCACACAUGUAAUCUUAGACAAUGCUGAUGUUCUGAGUCCGUACCGACUGAAUUCUAUCCAAAAGAACCACGUUCAUAUUGCAAACCCAGAUUUUAUAUGGGAAUCUAUCAGAGAAAAGAGACUCCUGGAUGUAAAGAAUUACGAUCCUGAUAAGCCCCUGGAUGUCACAGCGCCUCCUGAUCAGAAGACGAGCGGUCCUGAAGCAAAAACCGACGACGUACGCCUGGACCGCGCCGCAGAGGAGGAAGACACCGUGGAACUCGAUGAGUUUUCGGCAGAGAAGGUUGACAUUUCCCGUCUUCCUCAAGAUUUCGACGUCGCAAAAUAUAACACCUUGGAGAAAGUGGGAAUGGCGGGAGGCCGGGAAGCCGUGCUGGUGGAGCUGCAGUGUUCCCGGGACGCCAGGGACUGUCCUUUCCUGAUAUCCUCACACUUCCUCCUGGCUGACGGCAUGCAGACUAGAAGACGGUUUGUUAGAAGGAAAACCUCUGAAGAUGCAAGUGAAUACUAUGAAAAUUACAUCGAAGAACUGAAGAAACAAGGAUUUCUACUAAGAGAACAUUUCACACCUGAAGCAACUCAAUUAGCAUCGGAACCAUUGCAAGCAUGGCUUUUGGAAGAAGUCAUGAAUUCAAGCACUCUGAGCCCAGAGGUGAGCGAUUUCGUAGAGAUGAUUUGGGCAGAGGCCCUGGGCCACCUGGAGCACACACUUCUCAAGCCAGUGAACAGGAUCAGCCUCAACGACGUAAGCAAGGCCGAGGGGGUUCUCCUUCUAGUGAAGGCAGCGCUGAAACAUGGAGAAACAGCAGAGCAACUGCAGAAGAUGAUGACAGAGUUCUACAGACUGAUACCUCACAAAGGCACGAUGCCCAAAGAAGUGAAUCUGGGACUAUUGGCUAAGAAAGCAGACCUCUGCCAGCUCAUCAGAGACAUGGUUAACGUCUGUGAAACUCAUUUGUCCAAACCCAACCCACCGUCCCUUGCCAAAUACCGAGCUGUGAGAUGCAAAAUUGAGCAUGUUGAAAAGAAUACUGAAGAAUUUCUCAGGGUUAGACAAGAGGUUUUGCAGAAUAAUCACAGUAAGAGCCCAGUGGAUAUCUCGCAGAUAUUUAGAGUUGGCAGAGUGAACGAAACCACAGAGUUUUUGAGCAAACUUGGCAAUGUGAGGCGCUUGUUGCACGGUUCGCCUGUGCGAAACAUCGUGGGAAUCUUGUGUCGAGGGUUGCUUUUACCCAAAGUAGUGGAGGAUCGUGGUGUGCAAAGAACAGACGUCGGAAACCUUGGGAGCGGGAUUUAUUUCAGUGACUCACUCAGUACAAGUAUCAAGUACUCACACCCGGGAGAGACAGAUGGCACCAGACUCCUGCUCAUUUGUGACGUAGCCCUCGGGAAGUGUAUGGACUUACACAAGAAGGACUUUUCCUUAACUGAAGCACCACCAGGCUACGACAGUGUGCAUGGAGUUUCACAAACAGCCUCUGUCACCACAGACUUUGAGGAUGAUGAAUUUGUGGUCUAUAAAACCAAUCAGGUUAAAAUGAAAUAUAUUAUUAAAUUUUCCAUGCCUGGAGAUCAAAUAAAGGACUUUCAUCCUGGUGAUCAUACUGAACUAGAGGAAUGCAGACCUGAGUUUUCAGAUUUUUCAAAGGUCGAAGAUUAUCAGUUACCAGAUGCCAAAACUUCCAGCAGCAGCACCAAGGCCGGCCUCCAGGACGCCUCUGGAAACUUGGUUCCUCUGGAGGAUGUCCACAUCAAGGGCACAAUCAUAGACAUUGUAGCCCAGGUCAUUGUUUUUCAGACAUACUCAAAUAACAGUCAUGUGCCCAUUGAGGCAAAAUAUGUCUUUCCUUUGGAUGAGAAGGCUGCUGUGUGUGGCUUCGAAGCCUUCAUCGAUGGGAAGCACAUAGUUGGAGAGAUUAAGGAGAAGGAAGAAGCCCAGCGAGAGUACCGAGAAGCCGUGAGCCGGGGUGAUGGCGCUUAUCUGAUGAGCCAGGACGCCCCGGACGUUUUUACAGUAAGUGUUGGAAACUUACCCCCUAAGGCGAAGGUUCUCAUAAAAAUUACCUACAUCACAGAACUCAGCAUCCUGGGCACUGUUGGUGUCUUUUUCAUGCCUGCCACCGUAGCGCCCUGGCAACAGGACAAGGCUUUAAACGAAAACCUUCAGGAUACAGUAGAGAAGAUAUGUAUAAAAGAAAUAGGAACAAAGCAAAGCUUCUCUUUGACUAUGUCUAUCGAGAUGCCAUACGUGAUUGAAUUCAUUUUCAGUGAUACACACGAACUGAAACAAAAGCGCACAGACUGCAAAGCUGUCAUUAGCACCAUGGAAGGCAGCUCCUUAGACAGCGGUGGAUUUUCCCUCCACAUCGGUCUGUCUGACGCCUAUCUCCCAAGAAUGUGGGUUGAAAAACAUCCAGAAAAAGAAAGCGAGGCUUGCAUGCUUGUCUUUCAACCUGAUCUCAAUGUCGACCUCCCUGACCUGGCCAAUGAGAGCGAAGUGAUUAUUUGUCUGGACUGCUCCAGUUCUAUGGAGGGUGUGACGUUCUUGCAAGCCAAGCAGAUCGCCUUGCAUGCACUGUCUUUGGUGGGUGAGAAGCAAAAAGUAAACAUCAUCCAGUUCGGCACAGGUUCCAAGGAGUUAUUUUCGUAUCCUCAGCAUAUCACAAGCAAGACUGCGGCAACAGAGUUCAUCAUGUCUGCCACACCUACCAUGGGGAAUACAGACUUCUGGAAAACUCUCCGAUAUCUUAGCUUACUGUACCCUGCUCGAGGGUCCCGGAGCAUCCUCCUAGUGUCUGAUGGGCACCUCCAGGACGAGAGGCUGACGCUGCAGCUUGUGAAGAGGAGCCGCCCCCACACCAGGUUGUUUGCCUGCGGUAUCGGUUCUACAGCAAAUCGUCACAUCUUAAGGAUUUUGUCCCAGUAUGGUGCCGGAGUAUUUGAAUAUUUUAAUGCAAAAUCCAAGCAUAGUUGGAGAAAACAGGUAUGUUUUUUUAAACCUCUGGUUUUGUAUUUACGUGUGGAAAUCUCACAUCCUUCCAAGGCUAAGCGAUAGGAACAUCUGUGUUUCCUCGAAUGAGAUGGAAGCCACGAAGAGGCACGGGCUGCCGCCGGUGUGAGCCCUGCCUCAGAACUGCACCAGCAGGAACACGGGAGUUCUGAAUCAGGCCAUUCUCCCAGCUCACAGUUUGAUUUCUGCCUGAAAAAUCAUGGACUGAAUUUUUUAAAGUGAAUUAUUAAAUAUGUUUUGCUGAAAUUAAUUUU